CGAGACGCGCUAGUUGAGCCCGGGCGCGGCGAGCAGCAGCAGCGGCGAUGGGGACGGGAAGGAGGGCCUGGAGGAGCCCAAGGGACCGAGGGGCGGCCCGGGCGGCCCGGGCAGUGGCGGCGGUAGUAGCAGCAGUAGCGUGGUAUCGAGCGGCGGCGACGAGGGCUACGGCACCGGGGGAGGCGGGAGCAGCGCGACCUCCGGGGGCCGGAGGGGCAGCCUGGAGAUGUCGUCCGACGGGGAACCACUGAGCCGCAUGGACUCGGAGGACAGCAUAAGCAGUACUCUAAUGGACGUAGACAGCACAAUUUCCAGUGGACGUUCAACUCCAGCAAUGAUGAAUGGACAAGGGAGCACUACUUCUUCAAGCAAACACAUUGCCUAUAAUUGUUGUUGGGACCAGUGCCAGGCGUGCUUCAACUCCAGCCCAGACCUGGCAGACCACAUCCGUUCCAUACACGUAGAUGGUCAGCGCGGAGGGGUGUUUGUUUGCUUGUGGAAAGGUUGUAAGGUGUAUAACACCCCGUCCACCAGUCAGAGUUGGUUGCAGCGGCACAUGCUGACACACAGUGGAGACAAACCUUUCAAGUGUGUAGUUGGUGGCUGCAAUGCCAGCUUUGCUUCUCAGGGAGGGCUUGCUCGCCACGUUCCCACACACUUCAGUCAACAGAAUUCCUCAAAAGUUUCUAGCCAGCCAAAGGCCAAAGAAGAAUCUCCUUCUAAAGCUGGAAUGAACAAGAGGAGGAAACUAAAGAACAAAAGACGGCGCUCAUUACCACGACCGCAUGAUUUCUUCGAUGCACAAACACUGGAUGCCAUAAGACAUCGAGCCAUAUGCUUUAACCUCUCGGCUCAUAUAGAAAGUUUAGGGAAGGGACACAGUGUUGUUUUUCAUAGUACUGUAAUAGCGAAGAGAAAGGAAGAAUCUGGAAAGAUAAAGCUCUUGCUUCAUUGGACGCCUGAAGAUAUUCUGCCAGAUGUGUGGGUGAAUGAAAGUGAACGACAUCAGUUAAAAACUAAAGUAGUUCAUUUAUCAAAGCUGCCCAAAGAUACUGCCUUGCUGUUGGACCCAAACAUUUACAGAACAAUGCCACAGAAGAGGUUGAAGAGAACUCUGAUAAGAAAAAUGUUCAGUUUGUAUUUAAGCAAACAGUGAACGACAUUUGCAAUCAACUAAAAAUUCGUCUAUUGAAUUAGGUCUGAGAAUUACUGUUAAAGAGUGUUGCCGUAUGUCUGUUGGCUCCCUUUUCAGGACUAGGGUCUUUCAUGGGGUACAGUGUGUUAUAUUUACCUACAUAACUACUCUUGUUAAUGGUUUUUGAAAAAAACCGCAAUUUCAAAUUAUUUGAAUAAUCUUCAUAUUUUCAUUUAACCUGUGACUCUAUUUUUUUUUCCUGAGGAAAGUGUUGGUUUUUUGAGUUUUUUUUCUUAAUGUAAAAGAAAAAAAAGUAUUUUUUUUAAAGUAUCUUCAAACCUAAUCUUUUAUGCACCAAAGUUGGUUUUGAAAAGGAAAAUAAAAUCACUUUCUUGCUUGGCAAGCAAGAAGCCAUAUGGAAUUUUUUUAACUUUACAGAAAUGGAAAAUAUGUGUAACUUGUCAGUACUGUAUCAAACAAAUGUUGCAUAGAGAUAAUAGAGUGUUGCUUGUAAAUAAUUGAGCAGAUUUGUAAUAUAUUUUUCUAUUAUGAAAUGUACUGUAGAUGUUUUCUAGAGGCAUGAAAGUUAAUGUAUAUAUUAUGGUAGAAAUAAUAUUGAAGGAAAUUGUAACUCACUAGUGCUGCCAGAGGGAUUGCUAACAAAGCACCUUUAACAAGAGAUGUCUUUGCAGACUGAAGGGACUGUGUACUACUGUUAAUGUCUAAGAACAAAGCAUUGGACAUCCUUCCAGAACGUCUGUGAGGGAGGACCUAGACCCACCCUGGAGGGUUAUGGCACUCCCCUGACAGUGACUGAGGUGGUUGUCCCUGCUGUUGGGAGCACAUCCUGUAAAGCGUGUGCUGUGCAGUUAGACUGCAGAAGCACGCCUCCUCGGGAGUUCCACUCCUACACUGACAGGAAAACCAGCAGUUUUUACACUCAGUUUUUUAAAAGAAAGUAAACAAUAUAAAAUUAAACCUUUGGUUCCAAAAUGGGAAGGGUUCUCAUUUGCUUUAAAAAGAAAAACCACAAACCCAAAAGGUACUAAAAGUAUUGGAGGCUUGAACAGGACCAGGGAAAGAGGUAGACAUGGAGAGAGUCAUCGACGCUGAGGGACCCACGGGAAAGCACUGCCAAUGAGGACACUCUGGAACGGCCGUCUAAUGUGCUCUGUAGCAAAAGGGAGUCUAUUUUCAAAAGAAGAAAAGCAGUGUGUUCUUACUAUUUUUUUUUUCUUUUGCUUAAGCACUUCAUUUGUUUUAUUCUAUAUCUGCGAAGUACUCUGCAAUCUCCUUUGUUCUUUUUAAAUUUUGGUUUGUUAUAACAUUGCCAAAUAGAAGUGUUUCAGACAUAGUUUGUACCUGCAUUUUUAUUUUACUGUCUCAUGUUCUUGUAAGUCAUUCUUAAUUCUUAAUUGACCGAUGAUUGUAGACUUUGCUUGAGUAUUUUUUCUAAUAAAACAAAGCAAAUCACAUUUA